AUGUCAACAAUUGUCACUUAUGUUCCCACAUCUGCACCAACUUGUCAUGAACAAGAAUCGUUACCACAAUUACCACAAUAUUCCUCUCGGAUAAAACUUAAUUUUUUAUUCACAAAAGAAUUUCUUAUAACAUUUUUACUUGGCCAGUUUCUUUCAUUAUGUAUUGCCUCCACAAUCGUGGCAACUGCAGAAUUAAAUCUUGAUAUUCCUACAACUCAAACUUUUUUUACAUAUUUUCUACUAUUUCUUAUUUGUACGCCAAUCACUAUUUUUAAAAAUGGACCCGCUGAAUUUUUAAAAAUUAUGAAAACCAAGUCUUGGAAGU